AUGGGAGGUGAGAAUAAUUUUCUCUCAGUGCCCAAGGAAAAUAUGUUUAACUCUGUAGAAUGACACUUAUUGGUUAUCUUCCUUUUACUCCAAUAGACAGGGGAAUCAAUUCCCAGUGUGUGUGUGUGUGUGUGUGUGUGUGUGUGUGUGUGAGUGCACGUAUAUGUGUAAUAUGCAGCAAAUCCCACACCAAUCUGUUCAAGAUCCAAGGUCAUGGCUCCGCUGGAAUCUGUCAUAUAAACAGAUACUCUAGUCUCCCCAAAUAAGCAGCAUCUCAGUAUGUCAUGAUGGAUAGAUGUACUGUGGCCAGCAUACAUUUGCAUAUAGAGCUAUAUUUCUAGUAGUAUAUAUAUACCAUAUGCUCAGUUUCCUUACAUUUUGGCAUUGCCCUCGGACUAGAUUACCAAUGUAAAUGCCACAGUCUCUCUGACAUUCUUUCCCUGUGUUGUGUGAGUUGGCUGGUAGAAAAAUCAAAGCAGAUAUACCCAUGUCUAACCAUAGAUUGUUCUGCGAAAACACCAAAUGACGUUUUUCUCAGUGCUGUGGGUAGACUGUGUGAAUUCCGCCAGGAAAAGUGCAUUAAAACAUUAUAUGGUGGGUUUGUGAAUGUGAAUGGCCUCUACCUUAGUGACAGUUGGUGUGGAGCUUUUAAAGUCUCCCUUUGCUAUGUGGAGUAUGUACACAGUGUAGACUGUAUUUUGCAUAUGUGUUCAUAUACCAUUCAAUGGUGUUUAUUUAGUGCUGUUACUCCCCUCCCCUUCCAUUAGAGAUGUUGUGUAUGUUGUGCAUGUUUAGUCUCCCUCCUUUUGUAUUGUGUUAUUGUUGUGUUUCGUUGUGAUUAUUCCAGCGUGGUAUUAGUGUUGUUGUGUGAUUCCUUGUCAUGCCCAGAGCUCUCUUUUUGUUACGUGGUUGUUAUUUUGUGUUUUUCUUCUGUUUUCUUUUUUGUUCUCCUUUGUUUUCGCUUUCCUUUCUCUCUUCCUCUCUCUUCCUUUUGGAUGCCCGCCAUCUGUCCGUCUCUCUCUCCUCCUCUCUCUCUGUCUUCUUCACCUGCCUUCACGCUUCCAUCCACCUCCCCCCCGCUCAUCUCCCCUCCCCCCCUGCCCUCCCAAAGAUGUAGCCCUCCCCACCCCUCCUCCCUCACUGACUCCUGACACUACUGACCAUGUAACGCCAGGCUCCGGAGGCGUGGCUAACCCCACUGGCCCCACCCCCUCCGCCCCCCGUGACGUCGUGGCCUCGCUGGUCUCCACCCGUUUCAUCAAGCUCACCUGGCGCCCUCCGGCCGAGCCCCACGGAGAAGACCUCAUCUACUCUGUCUACUACAACCAGGAGGGAACCAACAGGUAGGGACCCUACACAGUACAGUAUUACACACUACUCAGUGUAUUAUAGCAUACACACUACUCAGUGUAUUAUAACAUACACACUACUCAGUGUAUUAUAGCAUACACACUACUCAGUGUAUUAUAGCAUACACACUACUCAGUGUAUUAUAACAUACACACUACUCUGAGGGCCCCUAUAACAUACACACUACUCUGAGGGCCCCUAUAACAUACACACUACUCAGUGUAUUAUAACAUACACACUACUCUGAGGGCCCCUAUAACAUACACACUACUCAGUGUAUUAUAGCAUACACACUACUCAGUGUAUUAUAGCAUACACACUACUCAGUGUAUUAUAACAUACACACUACUCUGAGGGCCCCUAUAACAUACACACUACUCUGAGGGCCACUAUAACAUACACACUACUCAGUGUAUUAUAGCAUACACACUACUCAGUGUAUUAUAACAUACACACUACUCUGAGGGCCCCUAUAACAUACACACUACUCUGAGGGCCCCUAUAACAUACACACUACUCUGAGGGCCCCUAUAACAUACACACUACUCUGAGGGCCCUAUAACAUACACACUACUCUGAGGGCCCCUAUAACAUACACACUACUCUGAGGGCCCCUAUAACAUACACACUACUCAGAGGGCCCCUAUAACAUACAGACUACUCUGAGGGCCCCUAUAACAUACACACUACUCUGAGGGCCCCUAUAACAUACACACUACUCUGAGGGCCCCUAUAAACAUACACACUACUCUGAGGGCCCCUAUAACAUACACACUACUCUGAGGGCCCUAUAACAUACACACUACUCUGAGGGCUCCUAUAACAUACUACUCUGAGGGCCCCUAUAACAUACACACUACUCUGAGGGCCCCUAUAACAUACUACUCUGAGGGCCCUUAUAACAUACACACUACUCUGAGGGCCCAUUCACACUUCUGUCGAUAGUGAACACUAACUGUGCUGUCGAUAGUGAACACUAACUGUGCUGUCGAUAGUGAACACUAACUGUGCUGUCGAUAGUGAACACUAACUGUGCUGUCGAUAGUGAACACUAACUGUGCUGUCGAUAGUGAACACUAACUGUGCUGUCGAUAGUGAACACUAACUGUGCUGUCGAUAGUGAACACUAACUGUGCUGUCGAUAGUGAACACUAACUGUGCUGUCGAUAGUGAACACUAACUGUGCUGUCGAUAGUGAACACUAACUGUGCUGUCGAUAGUGAACACUAACUGUGCUGUUGUGUGUCUGUGUCUCAGGGAGCGUAUUGAGAACACCAGUCGGCCAGGUGAGAUGCAGGUGACCAUUCAGAACCUGAUGCCCGACUCCAAGUACAAGUUCCGGGUGUUGGCACACAACAAGAACGGCCUGGGAGAGAGCUCUGCCGUCCUCAAGGUGGCCACCCAGGCUGAAGGUAAAGCACAGACACAGAUACACAGGCAAACAUACUGUAUACUCUAACAAACAAACAUAAACAUGAACCCAGACCACCCCACUGUAGCUCAGAGGGCUACUGUCCUCUCCUCUCUGGGCUGUGGAAAACAUCCUCUGUGGUUGUUGUUCAUUUCCUUCCAUUUACUUACCUGGGGGUGUGUGUGUGAGAGAGAGAGAGGUAGGUGUGUGUUCAAACAUGGCCUCCCAUACUUAGCUGACGAAGAAGGGUGUGUGUGUGUGCGACGGGGUAUGGUGGGCAGGUGGAAUUAAAAUUCUUCCUCCUUCCCCUCAAGUUCUCCAAUCCGUAAUACCUCCUCCGUCCCACUUUGACAGUGUGUCCAUUCACAGUGUAUACUUUGACAGUGUAUCCAUUCACAGUGUAUACUUUGACAGUGUAUCCAUUCACAGUGUAUACUUUGACAGUGUAUCCAUUCACAGUGUAUACUUUGACAGUGUAUACUUUGACGGUGUAUCCAUUCACAGUGUAUACAUUCACAGUGUAUACUUUGACAGUGUAUACAUUCACAGUGUAUACUUUGACAGUGUAUCCAUUCACAGUGUAUCCAUUCACAGUGUAUACUUUGACGGUGUAUCCAUUCACAGUGUAUACAUUCACAGUGUAUACUUUGACAGUGUAUCCAUUCACAGUGUAUCCAUUCACAGUGUAUACCAGGCCUCAUAAGGAUGUUGUGACUGGAGCAUUUUCCCCUCACAGCUCUACAGUAGACAUGAUAAGGGCUUCCCCCUCCAUGGCAGAGGAGAGGUGAACGCCCUCCUAUUCAUCUCUCCUCUCUCUCCCUCCAUCACGGCUCAGCCUAUUCAUCUCUCCUCUCUCCCUCCAUCACGGCUCAGCCUAUUCAUCUCUCCUCUCUCCCUCCAUCACGGCUCAGCCUAUUCAUCUCUCCUCUCUCUCCCUCCAUCACGGCUCAGCCUAUUCAUCUCUCCUCUCUCUCCCUCCAUCACGGCUCAGCCUAUUCAUCUCUCCUCUCUCUCCCUCCAUCACGGCUCAGCCUAUUCAUCUCUCCUCUCUCCCUCCAUCACGGCUCAGCCUAUUCAUCUCUCCUCUCUCCCUCCAUCACGGCUCAGCCUAUUCAUCUCUCCUCCUCUCUCCCUCCAUCACGGCUCAGCCUAUUCAUCUCUCCUCCUCUCUCCCUCCAUCACGGCUCAGCCUAUUCAUCUCUCCUUCUCUCUCCCUCCAUCACGGCUCAGCCUAUUCAUCUCUCCUUCUCUCUCCCUCCAUCACGGCUCAGCCUAUUCAUCUCUCCUCCUCUCUCCCUCCAUCACGGCUCAGCCUAUUCAUCUCCCCUUCUCUCUCCCUCCAUCACGGCUCAGCUAUUGCCCAGUUUCUGGGUCAGUCUCUGCCUCUCUACCUGUGUCCUUGGCACCUGGCUUUCCAUAAUGUGUGCCAGCGGGAGCCUAACUACCCAUGGGGAUAGCAAAGGGGUCAGCCAGUGCCAGGGACAUAUUUCUCUGUCUGUCUGACAGCGCCUCUUCUAGGUUAUAAAUGAGGGUUUAAAUUGUUGACCUGAUUCCAAGUACCAGACCUGGACCAACCACACCGCAUCCCUCACUGUAUAUCGCUUUUCCUCAGAGAGAGGGGCUUACACACACCAGACACCUUCUAUAUCUACUGACAAAUGAGAGCCUCCAUGUUCUGCCGGGCACAUCUGCAGCUAACACACAGCGAAGAGAAAUGUUCCUUUCCCUUAGAGAAAAAUUGGGGUAUUUGUCAGUGAAACUGGGGUCUCAAGUAUUUCCCAUGUUUGAUGGACAAGGGCGUAGUUUGUAGUACAUACAGAAUCAACAUGGUCUGUUUGUUAAGACACUGCUAUAGGUUCCUAGUGUCUGUGUGUCUGUGUUGUCCCUCGUGAGGACUAGGUAUGGUUAAUGACGCGUUACAUUUGCCACACAGCUAAGUUUCCCAGACCCAAUCGUUAUCCCUCUAGAGCCUAACAUCCCCCAGUAGAUGUGUGGCUCUCAGCACCUGCUACCUCAGCGCCGGCCGCCACCAGAGCUGUUAAUUGAAUGUAAUGAACCUGCAGAGCAAACAACAAUGGAAACACCCCCCUCCCUCUUCAAUCGCUUGGUUUAGUCCCAGCCGCUCUCUCGGCUAACCAAUUCCAAUUAACUUAAUACUUCAAAUAAAUUCCUCUGUAAACCAAGCAUGACCGUGUCUGUCCCCGCUCCCUCCUUUCUCCCACUAGAAUGCCAUGCUAGAGGGAUUGGUGGGAUAAUGUGGUGUUGUGUAGUGGGGGAAUGACCACAGCAUGUGUGUCAGGCUUUUCGGUUACAGAAAAAACAGGGGGACAUUCCAAAAUGGCAGUCUGUGUCAAAUUGGGACCGAAUGGACUCCAAGUGAUUAAGUGAGAGUGUGGUUUUGUGCAAUGAUAUGGUUUACAUUUGAAAAAAAUACAAAUAUUGAGAUUUGGGGGAAAAUGCCUUCCUUUGUCUUUAUUUUGGGAUUCAUACUAAGUUCAUAAUAAGUGUCCGCUGUCUCCUUUUGGUGUUUCCAGUGCAAGUUCCCGGUCCCGCCCCCAACCUGCAGGCCGUGUCGACCACACCCACCUCCAUCACCCUCAGCUGGGACACGCCCCUCACUGGCAACGGAGACGUCCUCACCUACAAGGUCUACUACAUGGAGAAGGGUCUGGACCUGGAACAGGUAAGACCCAGUGUGAUGGGUGGGGGAGAUGGGGGAGUUAGAUGCCCCUAUAUGUUGAAUUAGUGAUACAUCAUACUCUGAGAGGGAUUAGUCUUGUGAUGGUAUAACAACAAGACUUCAAAAGAGAACAGCGAAAUUAACUGUUGCUUUUUCCAGCCUAGCAUUAGCGAUAAAUCAGCACCAUAUAGCCCAUUGAAGUGUCCCAGCUCUGUAACAGCCCAGUAGACUGCCUUGAAACUUCUGUUCCCCGAAGCUCCAAAGCCUCUGCUCUACUCCCACUCUAUCAGAAAGCUGCCUGCACCACCCUCCCUAUUCCCCAGUCUCCCAGCAGGCCACAGUGCAGCGCACCGCAGCACAGCCUACUGAGUCAUCCAGCCCUGCCAGCCCCACCAGCCAGGCGUUAAAGAGCCUUUAAUAUGAUAAUGGAUGAAAUGUCAGCCAGCACAACGAGUAAUGAUGCUGUUGCUGCCACUAUCCCUCGUUCCCUAGAGGAGAGAGAGAAAGAGAGAGGCUGACAGGAAGAGAAUAGGCUGAUCUGACUCUGUCUUUAUCUGAAAAGAGGGGAACAAAGGUUGAAUCCAGAGAACAGGGUAGCUAACAGGGUGUUGGAGUGGAUUAAUUAUUGAGGCGGGGAUGGGGAAGGAUUCAGGAAGUAGCUCGUCUACAGGGAGGAAGCUGUCACACUGGCGCGCCGGACUUCAGUGGAACAAUUAGACACUGUGGUUUUACUACCCAGGGACGAAGAUUAGGGCGGUCCCCAAAUGGACGUGAUAUUUUCACUUUUGAGACAUUUAGCAGACGCUCUUACCCUGAGUGACAUACAGUUAGUGCUUCUUAAGAUAGCUAGGUGGGACUAGCACAUAUCACAGUCAGUCAUUUUUCUUCAAGUAGUUAUCAGCAGAGUCAGAGCUAGUAAGGAGGAAAGAGUCAAGUGCGAGUGAGUUCACAAACGUUUUUUUUCAUUAUUUUGUGUGUGGGGAAGGGGGGGGGGGGGGGGGGGUUGCUGUAAGAUUAUUUAAGAUACUCUUUGAAGAGGUAGGGCUUCAGAUGUUUUGGGAAGAUGGGCAGGGACUGCUGUCCUAGCUUCAGGGGGAAGCUGGUUCCACCAUUGGGGUGCCAAGAGCUUAGACUGGGCUGAGCGGGAGCUGCCUUCCCGUAGGGGUGGGACGGCCAAGAGACCAGAGGUGGCAGAACUGCGUACUCUGGUUGGGGUGUAGGGUUCGAGCAUAGCCUGAAGGUAGGGAGGGGCAGUUCCUCUUGGUGUUCCGUAGGCAAAUACCAUGGUCUUGUAGUGGAUGCGAGCUUCGACUGGAAGCCAGUGGAGUGUGCGGAGUAGCAGGGUGACAUGGGAGAACUUGGGAAGGUUGAACACCAGGCGGGCUGCAGCGUUAUGGAUAAAUUGCAGGGGUUUGAUGGCACAAGCGGGGAGCCCAGCCGACAGCGAGUUGCAGUAGUCCAGAUGGGAGUUGACAAGUGCCUGGAUUAGGACCGGCGCCGCUUCCUUUGUGAGGAAAGGUAAUACUCUACGAAAGUUGUAGAGCAUGAGCCUGCAGGAGCGAGUCACUGUUUUGAUGUUUGCAAAGAACAACAGGGUGUUUUCCAGGGUCACACCAAGGUUCUUUGCACUCUGGGAGGGGGACACCGUGGAGUUGUCAACCGUGAACGAUAGGUCUUGGAGCAGGCAGGCCUUCCCCGGGAGGAAGAGCAGCUCCGUCUUGUUGAGCUUGAGGUGGUGGGCCGACAUCCAAGCUGAGAUAUCUGCCAGGCAUGCAGAGAUGCGUGUCGCCACGUGGGUGUCAGAAAGGAGGAAGCACAAAAGUAGUUGAGUGUCAUCUGCAUAUCGAUGAUGGGAGAGACCAUGUGAGGAAAUGACUGAGCCGAGUGACUUGGUGUAUAGAGAGAAGAGGAGAGGGCCUAGAACCGAGCCCUGGGGGACACCAGUAGUGAGAGUACGUAGUGCAGACACAGAUCCUCUCCACGUCAUAUAAUUGCUAUUAUAUCAAUAUUUGCGCAUUAAAGGCAUUUCCACCGGCAUUUCUCGCAGGAUUAAUUUUACCGACACAAAAAGAUCACACCUUGUCUAGCGUAUUUUGUUUUAUCGACAUUUGGAAAGUUUACCAACAAAUGAGCUGUUUCCAUCAGGCUGUUGUGACAUGUUUUAUCCGACGUGUACUUUACUGUAUAAAAAGGUUGAUGGAAGCCUGGUUAGUGUCAGUAUACAAAAGGGCUGAGUGAAAAUUGGCUUAUUUUUAGAUAUGGUGGGAUUGUGCGGGUGCGGGGGUGUUUAUAUGUGGGUAUGUGUGUGUGGCAGUAGCAGCGAUAAUAGCAGUAGUAAUAGUAGUAGUAGUAGUAGUAGUAGUAGUAGUAGCAGCGGUAGUAGCAGUAGCAGUGUGGUGGUAGUAGCAGUAGCACCGGUAGUAGUAGUAGCAGUGGUAGUAGUAGCAGCAGCAGCGGUAUAGUAUAGAGUAGUAGCGAGUAGUAGUGUAGGUGGUAGUGGUAGUAGUAGUAGUAGGAGUAGUAGUGCGUAGUAGUGGGUGUAGUAGUGUGGGAUAGGUAGUAGUAGCGAUAGUAGUGGUAGGAUAGUAGUCAGUAGUAGUGAGGUAUAGUAGUGGUAGUAGUAGUAGGAUAGUGGUAGGGGUAGUAGUAGUGGUAGUAGAUGAGUGGUGUGUGGUGGUGGUGGUAUGUAGUAGGUAGUGGGUGGGUAGUGUGAGUAGUAUGUAGUAGUAGUUGGGUGUAGUAGUGUAGUGGGGGGUAGUAGUAGUGGUGGUGGAGUAGUAGUAGUGGUGGGUUGUGGUGGUAUGUAGUAGUAGGUGGUGGUAGUAGUAGGUAGUGUGGGUUAGUAGUAUGGUGGUGUAGUGGUGUGGUUGUAGUAGUAGUGGUGUAGUGGUGGUGGAUGGGUGGUAGUAGUGAUGGUGAGUAGUAGUGGGUAGUGUAGUGGUAGUGGUAGAUGGGUAGUGGUGGGUGGUGGGAUGGUGGAUAGUAGUUAGUAGUAGUAUCGGUCAGUAGUGGAUGGUGAUAGUAGUGGUCGGGGAGUAGAGUGGUGGGGAUGGGUGGUAGUAGAAGUGGGGUGGUGGGCUAGUUAGUGGUGAUGGUGGUCGUCUGAGGGGGGGUAGUAGUGGUAGUAGUAGUAGAACAAAACAAGGAAAAGUAAAUAAUGUAAUAAAAUUAAAUCUACAGAAGCACUACUUAACUUUGUACGUACCACCUCUCCUCUCAACCUCUCAGGACAUAGACGCUGGAGCUCUGUCCUACUCCAUGAUGGGUCUGAAGAAGUUCACAGAGUACAGCAUCAGAGUGGUGGCCUUCAACAAGCACGGCCCAGGAGUGUCCACAGGAGACGUCACCGUCACCACCCUGUCUGAUGGUAAGCAGGGGACAGAUUAAGGAGAGGAACUCUUCCACUCCCAGAGGAGAAAUGGGUAGAUCACAACAGGCAGUCUCCUUUGGAAGAGGUUAAAGGUCAUUGUUGGUACAGUGGCUCCAGACCCGGUGUGUUGAGGUGAUCUCUCUUGAGUUGUAGAGAGUAAAACACCUUGUUUUUUACCCCUACAGUUCCCAGUGCCCCUCCUCAAAACCUCACUGUGGAAGUUCACGACUCAAAGGUAAGAGCUAGUCAGACACUUCUCUUUCGCGUCCGUACGCACACACACAGACACACACACAGACAGACAAGCACACACACACACACACACAGACACACACAGACACGUGCACGCCUAACCCUGUUUUACAUGACAUUAGCUCUUGUCAGUGGGCUCAGCUCAUACCCAGACUGCUAGCAUUGUUCUUGAACCCUGUAAGCGGUUGGAGUACCAGUAUAGAGAUGGGGGGUGUAUUUAGUACCAGUAUAGAGAUGGGGGGUGUAUUUAGUACCAGUAUAGAGAUGGGGGGUGUAUUUAGUACCCGUAUAGAGAUGGGGGGUGUAUUUAGUACCAGGAUAGAGAUGGGGGGUGUAUUUAGUACCUGUAUAGAGAUGGGGGGUGUAUUUAGUACCAGUAUAGAGAUGGGGGUGUAUUUAGUACCAGUAUAGAGAUGGGGGGUGUAUUUAGUACCAGUAUAGAGAUGGGGGGUGUAUUUAGUACCAGUAUAGAGAUGGGGGUGUAUUUAGUACCAGUAUAGAGAUGGGGGUGUAUUUAGUACCAGUAUAGAGAUGGGGGGAUAUUUAGUACCAGUAUAGAGAUGGGGGGUAUUUAGUACCAGUAUAGAGAUGGGGGGUGUAUUUAGUACCUGUAUAGAGAUGGGGGGUGUAUUUAGUACCUGUAUAGAGAUGGGGGGUGUAUUUAGUACCUGUAUAGAGAUGGGGGGUUAUUUAGUACCGUAUAGAGAUGGGGGGAGUAUUUAGUACCUGUAUAGAGAUGGGGGUGUAUUUAGUACCUGUAUAGAGAUGGGGGGAGUAUUUAGUACCAGUAUAGAGAUGGGGGGAGUAUUUAGUACCAGUAUAGAGAUGGGGGGUGUAUUUAGUACCAGUAUAGAGAUGGGGGGUGUAUUUAGUACCAGUAUAGAGAUGGGGGGAGUAUUUAGUACCUGUAUAGAGAUGGGGGGUGUAUUUAGAAAUGGAUUCAGUCUGACUUGCAUCUAGAACUGAUUUGGGACAUUAUAUUUGUUCUAUUUACUGGCCAAUCAGAGCAGGUUUUGCUUUGUUCUUCCUUUCUCAGACUUGUGCUGUAUGUCACUGUUUGAUACCCAGUAAUGAAUGGCCUGAUAUGGAUGAAUACAUUAUGAAUAUCAUUAUAAAAUACAUUUCUAAUUAGAUUAAAACACAAAAUGCGAUUUCUCAUUUUAAUUGUUUAAUUUGCUCUGUCCUGUGGGCCGUGUCAGUCAGCCGGGCCUGAGGGGUGAAAACUAACAUACAAGGGGAAGUGUAGUCUCAACAUGGGAACCACAAACCCCCCCCCCCCCCCCCCCUUUUAUCCCCUUGACAACAUCCGCCUUCUCACCUUCCCUUGAGUCAAUUAAACAUGUGUUUUAGAGAACGGGUGAGGGAAAAGAAUAUAGCUGAAAUCAGAACGCACUAUAAGAAAAUGGAAAUAAACUAAUUGAACACACUUAGCACAGAUUUAAUUUGUGCUAUUCCCCGGACUCACGGAUGUGUGUGUGUGAAUGUUUGCGUGCCUGUGUGUGUUUUUGUGCGUGUGUGAGCGACAGUGGGUAGCGUUAAUUAACUCCUCUCCCACGCUGAGUUCCCCCCACCCAUCCCUACACACACACACACACCCAUCCCUACACACAUACGCGUACUCUCUACAGUAUCUCGCCUCCCUCCACAACAUCCCACAGUGCACUGCAGGGCCUGCAGCUAAGGACCUGAAUCCAUCGCUCUCUCUCUCUCUCUCUCCCUCGCUGGGAGCCUCUCCUCUCACCAGGGCUCCUCUCCUCCACUCUUUAUUUAUUAUUCAUGUCUUUAUUCCCUCCUUUCUCCAACAGACAGCCUGUUCUCUUCUCCUUCACAUAUACAUUUACAUUUUAGACAUUUAGCAGACUCUCUUAUCCAGAGCCACUUACAGUUAGUGACUGCAUACAUUUUCAUACUUCACCACUGCAUCACCCUCCUAACAUCACUCUGCUUUGUUUAAGACUGGUAUAAGACUUUGUGUGGCUGGUUUAAGACUGGUGUAAGGAUUUGUGUGGCUGGUAUAAGACUGGUGUAAGGCUUUGUGUGGCUGGUUUAAGACUGGUGUAAGGCUUUGUGUGGCUGGUAUAAGACUGGUGUAAGGCUUUGUGUGGCUGGUAUAAGACUGGUAUAAGGCAUUGUAAGGCCGGUGUAAUGUCGCCUUUUGACCUUACACCAGCCUUGGUCAGGUUAGCCCUGUGACGUCAAUGUCACAGCGAGUGGUGUUACUGGACACCAGUGGUGUGUAUUGCCAUAACCACCCACUCAUCGCCCUGGUGUGAUCUUACCUGCAAAGUCCUGGGGUUGUCAUUCCACCUCUAAAGUCAAUGGUAGUAGCAAGAGAUUAUUCAGUAUUGUCCUUGGGUUGGGCUCGAGUCCAUUGCAAUUCAGGAAGUGAGCUGAAAUUGAAUUUGUGAAUGGACAAAGUUCACAUUGAAAGCAAAGUGUCCGUUUUCAGUGAAUAUGACCAUUUUCCUGUGGUUCAGCAGUAUAAACUGUAACCCCCAGUGUCUGCUCAGUCCAAGUACUCACUGUGUGUCGUACCACCCCCCCCUCCCCAGAGCAUCAUGGUCCGAUGGCAGCCCCCACCACCAGGCGCCCAGAACGGCGAGAUCACGGGGUAUAAGAUCCGUUACCGGAAAGGAACGAGGAAGAGCGAGGCGGCAGAAACCACGGGAGGCACCCAGCUCUUCCAACUCAUAGACGGUAAGCUCUCCUGUAAUACCGGGUCACCUACUCAUCACAUGAGUCAUUGUGGAGUUGAAUUAGUCAUGCACAUGCAAUAUCUUACAUGGGAAAUCACGUGAUUAGCACGCGUACAUGUACUAAAACAAGUCUUGUUUUGAGAUAGGCCUAAAGGCUCUGUGGCUACUGAUGGUAGCUGAACCUUUGGAGCCAAUUGGAAGUUUCCAAGUUGAAUACUGUGGUCCCAUAGGACCAGAUAGUGUCUCACUCAUUUGAGCCUUUGUCUGGCGUGUCGUUUGGAAUUGUACACAUUUUUCCUUGUUCGUCUCAGUGUUACUUCAAACUGUCACCUGUUCUCAACAACUCAUCUCAUCUCACAUCCAAACUGAUAUUAUGCUGUUACUGUAGUUCGAAUAGAUAUCACCAGAGACCUUAGCGAUGGCAAUGAAUAUUACAUGUCGUCUCAGCAACUUUUCUGGCCCUGUCUCACGCUGUGUGGCGCAGCUUCAAAGAGAAUACACACUUGAAAGUCAAACACGAUUAUAUUUGGGGUGCAACGGGGGUGUUUGUUGGUUCAAAGGCAUUUAAGAUUUUCUUUCUAGAGCCUUGGAGGCCUGGAGUGGCUUGGUGGUUUUUAGCAGUCUGCCUCAGGGACAGCCCGUAGUAAUGAAGGGAGAGACUACACGAUUAGCAUUUAGCGUACACACAGCUACGUCCAAUCCGACUCUUAAGAACAUUUUAGUGCCAAUUAGCGCGGCUACGUGUUUUUUAAAGACAGCGGGCGGUUCCCACGACUUUGAAUUUCCAAAACACGCCCCCGGCGGUGAUAUAGCCUACCCAGCAAUGUGACUGGGAUGGUGGGCCAAGCGGGAAUCCAGAUCCACACGCACCACCAGGAGUGAAGAGUACUUCUUCUUUCUUCUCAGCUCUGUAGCGGCUUGCUUGGGCUACAUUCAAACUGCUCAUGUGUAAAUUCCCCCACAGACCCGUCGUGAUCACGGGCAGAACGUUCAUCUCUAUCAAACGCGUUGGAUUGGGAAGAGGAAAAUGUUUGUUGCGCCACAACGAGCUCUCCCUUGAUCUCACCCCUGACAGAGUUAUAGAUUUUCCCCUCACUCAAGCAGAGAAAUAUAUGACUUCCUCUUGAAAUAUUAUGGCUUCAAAUAUUUAGUGUGUCUACAUGCCCAGCUCAACUGAGUGGUGGAGUGAGGGAUGCACUGUUAGUAAACCCUUUAAGAAGGAUGAAAGGAAAGUUUGGGGACAGUUUUCUAACUACACAAACUGAUGGGCAUAACCUAUGGCUGAUUCUGCACACACACCCAAUUCCGUUUCUUGCUCUGCCCCUCAAAAGAGCACACUACUCAACUCAAAGAUUUAAAAGCAUUGGAUUGAGGGGGGCGUGAACAAGACGAGGGCACACUUUGGGUAGAAAGGGGAGGAAUGUCUGACUCUUCUUGACUGAUUUCUGUGUGGUGUUGUGGUCAGGUCUGGAGCGGGGGACGGAGUACACGUUCAGAGUGUCAGCCAUCACAGUGAACGGCUCAGGGCCCGCCACAGAGUGGACCACGGCAGAGACCUUCGAGAGCGACCUGGACGGUAAAACUUUGUCUCCUUUCCUCUCUUGCCUUAACACACUGACCAGUCAAAUCCCUCUACCUCAGCCCUCAUCUUUACUACUUUCACCUGGUCUGAAUUGCUCAGGGCCAAAGUGUUUUGUUUUAUGGCAUGUCUUUCCAUUACUGCACAAACCAAGGUUGGUUUAGCAGCAUUAUAAAUACCUUCAAACCCUCUUAAGACUUCUAUUAAUGUGGUCUCACUGCUACCUUACAUUUAUGGCUUGGUUUUAAUGUAUUUUAUUGUCUUGAUUCUAUUGUUAAGUAUAUGGAGAUGCUUUAAAAACAAGUUGCAUUGCGUUUUAUUGUGUUUAAUUUGUUUGUUAUAAUUUGAUAUACAUUUGAUCCCCUGUGUUUUCCUACCUCCAGAGUCCAGAGUGCCGGACAUCCCCAGCUCGCUACAUGUGCGUCCGCUGGUCAACAGCAUCGUGGUGAGCUGGACGCCGCCGGAGAACCAGGACAUUGUGGUGCGUGGCUACAGCAUCGGCUACGGCAUCGGUAGCCCCCACGCCCAGACCAUCAAGGUGGACUACAAGCAGCGCUACUACAGCAUUGAGAACCUAGGUGAGCACACCCUCUUGUUGUUGGCCUCGUUGUUGUUGUUGUUGUUGGCCUCGUUGUUGUUGUUGUUGGCCUCGUUGUUGUUGUUGUUGGCCUCGUUGUUGUUGUUGUUGGCCUCGUUGUUGUUGUUGUUGGCCUCGUUGUUGUUGUUGUUGGCCUCGUUGUUGUUGUUGUUGGCCUCGUUGUUGUUGUCCUCAUAGUUUGUUUUUGACUAUUUUAAUGUUUGUUGUGUUUUGGUCAUCUGUGUUUUGUUGUGGAACCAUCUUCUUGAUGCAUGAUUGUGAACAGUCUUUGAUUGCAUGGCUACCUAUGCUUCAUAGGAUCCCAUAGCCUACUGUAAUUAUUACUUGGAUAGGGGGGUCCCAUUAUGAUUAUGGCCAAGAAAAUGUUGCAUAAUUUAGCUUUUCAUUAAAAUCCCAAUGAGAGACUGGGUUUCAAUAUUCACCUGUUGUCAAGAUGAUAAAUAUGAGGAGAGAGUCUCAGGAGUCAGGACUUGAUUAGCUACAUUAUUUCAUAACGCUCUCUCUCCCCCUCCCUCUCUCUCCCUGCCCCUCUCCCCCUCCCUCUCUCUCCCUGCCCCUCUCCCCCUCCCUCUCUCUCCCUGCCCCUCUCCCCCUCCCUCUCUCUCCCUGCCCCUCUCCCUCUCUCUCCCUGCCCCUCUCCCUCUCUCUCCCUGCCCCUCUCCCUCUCUCUCCCUGCCCCUCUCCCUGUCUCUCCUUCUCUCCCUCCCCCUUCUCCUUCUCUCUCCCCCUCUCCCUCCCUCAGACCCCAGCUCCCACUAUGUGAUAACCCUGAAGGCCUUCAACAACGUGGGAGAGGGGAUCCCUGUGUACGAGAGCGCCAUCACCAGGCCACAGUCAGGUAGGACACCUACACAGACCCCUACACCCUGAAUACUGGAGCAAUGGAAUAGUCUCUUGGACCACACCCUAAAUAGUCUUACCAAUGAGAUGGUCACUAAUACCCUCCAUACUGGACCAGUGGUAUGGUAUUUUAAUGGAGUAAUUGUUUACACAGUAAAAACGUAUGCUGGUAUCUUUUUAGGCUGUUUGAUGCCAUAUUUCAGUGGGGAGUGAGAAUGGGAACCGUAACUUAACUCCCUUAAAAAGGAAUCUGACGCUAGUCUUUUACCAAUGUUACAUCAUCAUCAUCAUCACCAUCACCACCAUCAUCAUCUCUUGCAGAAUAAAUAUACCCUGACGUGGCUUGACUCAAAAUAACUUCAGAGAUACAAUUAUCUACGGUUACUAAAACCGAAUGUGUUUUUGAUCAACUAGAGCCUUGACAUUACAUUCCAGACGUUAUUCCCCCUGCAUUCAUAUGGUGCAGUUUGCCUUCCAUCAGACCUGAUCAUUAGGAUCAAUUUGUCAGAGAGCAUCUCUUACCUGCCAUUCUCUCUGUGGUAUAAUAGGCUUUCCCUUUGUCACAGAUCACUGCACAAUACAAGUGCUCCCUGCUCAUCUCAGUCCUGUCUCCCAGGAAAUAAUAAGGCAAUAUCCUCCAAUCCAUAUUUCUCUAAUCCGAGGACAGCUACUCAGACAAUUAGCUGAUAUUUAGGUCACAAUACCAAAUGCCAGCAAUUGAACAGAAAAAAGUAUGAAUUGCUAGCAGCAAGUCGCUGCUCAACAUAGCUCUGUAGAGUAAGUCACAUCUUAUGACACCCGUAAGAUGAGGGAACUUGGAGUGAUGGCUGAAACCUGUGUCGACUUGGAGCCAACCCUUCGUCACCCCCUCUCCGUUUUGAUCAGUCAGUUUGUCUGUACUUGCACUCCACUAUCCCAGCAUGCACUGCUGUGCAGGGACGGGAUGCCGGAUGACUGAAAUGGCAUCAAUAUGCUGCAGGGGGGCGAUCCACACACACACACACACAGAUACAUACACACUCAGGCGUACGCGUGCACACAGAACACACACACACACACACACACACACACACAUAGCACUGUGCAGAAGCACGUGCGCGCGCACACACACACACACUCACCCCUGCUGUGGCUUUGGCAACCCUCUGUCAGAUCCAGCUCUCCCUCUCAAACACAGAACCAAAGCCCUCCGAUACAGUCUGCAGUUGGAAUACACCAGGGGGUUGCUCCACUAGCGUGUUCAUUGGAUGAAAAAGUUUGGAUUAAAAAAGACUGGUUGACCUAGAUAAUGUUUUGACUUAAAAGAAAUUGGGAGAACUUGGAAGAAAAAUAGUAGUCUUGUGUAGGGACUGUGAUUUAUUACAGUAAAUAUCCAGUGGGAAGAUAACCUUGGUGGAAAGCAUAUGCAGGACUCACUUGAAAAAGAGAUUUUCAAUCUCAAUGUGACUUUCCUUUAUAAAGCAUAAAUAAAACCAAACCAGAAUAAAACCUUCUGUAUGUGGCAUCUGAUAACUGUCUGAAAUGCGUGAAGCAUUGUUUUUGACAAGUAUGAUCAUUUUAAUUCAGUGCACUGCAGGCUAAUAAGCCCAGGCUUGUACAGACGGCUCUACUGCUGCAGACACCCAGUUCUCAGAGUGUAAAACAGAUGCCGUUUGCAUGCCACCCAUAACCACACCGUGUUUCCUUGACAUCCUCCAUGCUUCCCAGAAAGAGACACACACACACACACACACACACACACACAACUGCAAUAUAAUGAGGGUGCACAAUGGCUUGUAAAAUGGAGCAGCGAGGAGAGAGAGAGCUGGAUAGAGGGGGUGAGUUUGGGGGAGGUAGGCUACACCAAAUGACCAGAGCCUUUUCUAAUUACCGCUGGACCAUGGUCAAAAUCUGGAGUCCAGGGCUGGCGCAGAGCAUGGCGUAACAUAGCUAGCAGCGAAGCCUGGCCAGUCCGCUCGUUGCUGCCAUCUUGAAGCGUUUAGUUGGCAAUGGGGCGACUUGAGCCAGGGAACCAUUUCUUUCUGCCUCUCUCACAACACCAGUGUUUACCAUGACUCCAUAAUGAGUAUACACACACACCUCAGCAACCCCCUGGAGGCCAUUGUAGCGAGGGAAGCAGGUGGUUGUACAUGUGCUCCCGUUGGGUAACUGUUUAGUUACAUAAUAAAGGUAUCCUCCAUCUUUAAAGAGACGUUACCAGGGUAACAUUCAGUGGGGCUCAACCUUACAGAAUAUACAGAUUAUAAAUAUAUUAGGUAGAGAAUGGUUAAAGUUGGGACAUGAGUGGUGAGUACCGAUACUAAAUCAGUACCAGUAACUUAAAUCAUUAAGGUCAGAAAGUAACACAGACGUAGAUGAUGCUGUGCAAAGCUAAUCAAUCCCAGAUAGAUCAGACAUUUCUAAUCAAUCCCAGAUCAAACAUCACUACAUUAGUCAUAGGUAAAGACCAAGUCAAGCCAUUUUGUGAAGUUGCCAGUGAAAGGGAGUUGUGGCGUUUAAGAUCCCUCGCCCUUGACACACAAGAUCCCUAGAUAGGCUACAUUAGCAACAAUGAACAUAUAGAUAUUGCCCACAUUUCACGUCUUACAUACAGAGUUUGAAUACAGCGUCAGUGUAGGGCUUGUCCUUGACCCCCGGGUCUGCUUCCUGUAAGCCUGGAGUUAGUCAAGGACUGUUCUAUUCCUUGUGACUGACAUAGCUCUACAUACAGUCCUAUUGUGAUUCAGCUAUAGUAAAUGUUCUGUUGCAAUGCUGCAUACAGUAGUAGUGCCUGUAUUCACAUAGAGACACUGUAAAGUAGUGCCUGUAUUCACAUAGAGACACUGUAAAGUAGUGCCUGUAUUCACAUAGAGACACUGUAAAGUAGUGCCUGUAUUCACAUAUACACUGUAAAGUAGUGCCUGUAUUCACAUAGAGACACUGUAAAGUAGUGCCUGUAUUCACAUAGAGACACUGUAAAGUAGUGCCUGUAUUCACAUAGAGACACUGUAAAGUAGUGCCUGUAUUCACAUAGAGACACUGUAAAGUAGUGCCUGUAUUCACAUAGAGACACUGUAAAGUAGUGCCAGUAGUGCCUGUAUUCACAUAGAGACACUGUAAAGUAGUGCCUGUAUUCACAUAGAGACACUGUAAAGUAGUGCCUGUAUUCACAUAGAGACACUGUAAAGUAGUGCCUGUAUUCACAUAGAGACACUGUAAAGUAGUGCCUGUAUUCACAUAGAGACACUGUAAAUUAGUGCCUGUAUUCACAUAGAGACACUGUAAAGUAGUGCCUGUAUUCACAUAGAGACACUGUAAAGUAGUGCCUGUAUUCACAUAGAGACACUGUAAAGUAGUGCCUGUAUUCACAUAGAGACACUGUAAAGUAGUGCCUGUAUUCACAUAGAGACACUGUAAAGUAGUGCCUGUAUUCACAUAGAGACACUGUAAAGUAGUGCCUGUAUUCACAUAGAGACACUGUAAAGUAGUGCCUGUAUUCACAUAGAGACACUGUAAAGUAGUGCCUGUAUUCACAUAGAGACACUGUAAAGUAGUGCCUGUAUUCACAUAGAGACUGUGUAGUUGUGGCCCUUAUUCACCGAGUCACUGUUUAGCCUUGCACUCAGAGACCUUCUUAUCAAUAAUGAAAAAUAAGCAUUCUUCUUUAAAGGUGUGGUAAGUCAGUAUGGUAUUUGUGCUGCUCUUAACCAAAACCAUAUCAAAAGAUCUGGGAACUGUUUUAGAGAUGCCAUUUUUAAUCUUGUCUUUUUCUUGUUGUGUUGUUCUCAAAUCAAAUCAAAUUUUAUUGGCCACAUGCGCCGAAUACAACAGGUGCAGACAUUACAGUGAAAUGCUUACUUACAGCCCUUAACCAACAGUGCAUUUAUUUUUAACAAAAAAGUAAAAAUAAAACGACAACAAAAAAAGUGUUGAGAAAAAAAGAGCAGAAGUUAAAUAAAAUAACAGUAGGGAGGCUAUAUAUACAGGGGGGUACCGGUGCAGAGUCAAUGUGCGGGGGCACCGGCUAGUUGAGGUAGUUGAAGUAAUAUGUACAGAUUCUGUUGAUCUGUUGUCUUUUUCUUGUUGAUGUGUUGUUCUGUUGAUCUGUUGUCUUUCCUAUUUUUUUCUCAAGCAAGGUGGCUAAAUGUUAUGUAUUUGACCUUUACUAGAGAUUACUCUGUUGCACUUUCCUUCUAGUUGUAGCUUUCCAUUGAGUGAUUAUCCAUCUUUACUUAGUGUGGAUAAUGUGAGUUGAUUAUGUUGUACACAACAGCCCUGGAUCAAAUACAUGAAAACAAAUGGGUAUUUGAACCAGGUCUGAUCGACAACAGCCCUUGUAUAGACAGUAGAAAGCCUUGAUGUAGCCAAUAGCUGUGUCUGUUGAUCUAAUAGAAUUUUCUCUCUUUCUCUUCACCUUUCCCAAUCCCCCCCACCCUCCACCUCCCUCAUUUUAAUAACUCAUUAACAUAUGUUAUACCCUUAUUCGUAUCCCCCCCCCCCCCUCUCUCAACCCCGCCACCCCGUUUCCUUUUAACCGGUCUUAUUCGUAUCCUCCCCCCCCCCCCCCCCCUCUCUCUCAACCCCGCCACCCCGUUUCCUUUUAACCGGUCUUGCUUUUGUUUUUGUUCUAUCCACCUCGCCACAAAACACACCUUUUUUUAUGUUUUUAAUUUCUUCCCUCUUUUUCCACCAUGUUCUGUUUGCCACCUGUUAUGAACCUUGUGUGUUGGUAACCGCUGGCAGACCCCAUAGGCCCUGAUGUUGAUUUGUAUGAACUCUUCCAUGCUCCAUUCACGCCAGUACCAGACCCCACCCCCAUGCUACCUCCCGUGGGCGUACAGUCCUCGGUGCUCAGCCACGACACCAUCAAGGUGACCUGGGCCGACAACUCUCUGCCCAAGAACCAGAAGAUCACCGACGCCCGCUACUAUACGGUGCGCUGGAAGACCAACAUCCCCGCCAACACCAAGCUCAAGGUACGGUCACGGCCACCGGGUCCCAUUCAAAACAACACAGCUUUUAUUGAUUCCCUCAUGGCUCAUUUUAAAGUAGAAGGUGUCAUCAGAGCACAGCAUAUUAUAUGUAUCCUACUACUGUGCCAUUCUAAUCAUCAAAGUGUUCAGCUAUCCCACUAUCAGGGUAAGGAAUCGAUGUAAAGUAAUCCCACCCACCAAUUACAUGAGGUUCAAAACGCCUCACAGUCCUUCCCACAGUCCUUCCCCAUCUAAAUGCUACACAACAGAGAUGUUCACUUUGAUAAGUAAAUACCAAUAGAUGAAGCACUGACGUUUAUAGUGUCUGCGAUAAAUUGAAUAUCUUGUAACAAAUAAAUUGCAUUGAUUGCACUGGAGUCAUUAAGUCAGUGCACUGCAUAGUAUGGUAUAAAACCCAGAAAGACAAACCCUUCAACUAGGUGUAAGAGAUGCUCAUCCAGGCUUCAGCAUCCUGCCCUAGCUCAAUUAACAGUAUUACUUAUCCCCCUCAACAAGAUUAGGAAUGGUGUGUGUGUGUGUGUGGUAGAGAGCAGAACACGAAUAAAGGGCUGUGUUUCAUAAAUGAUUCAACGAGGACAAGACAGACAGAAGUCUGGGGGAUGGGGGCCUGACAGUGCAUUCUGAAUACAGACUGUUCAUACAACACACAUCAUUCUGAUUCAGCAGUUAGUCAAUCCCUAUACUGAACAUAGAGACUGCUUGUAUCCAUCACCUAACAUGGGGACUGUCAAGAUUCAGAACAUAGAGGUGCUAAAAGGCUAGUCUGGUUAUUGAAAGCGCAUGUAGAUGCUAAAAGGCUAGUCUGGUUAUUGAAAGCUUGUGUAAUUGCUAAAAGGCUAGUCUGGUUAUUGAAAGCUUGUGUAAUUGCUAAAAGGCUAGUCUGGUUAUUGAAAGCGCAUGUAGAUGCUAAAAGGCUAGUCUGGUUAUUGAAAGCUUGUGUAAUUGCUAAAAGGCUAGUCUGGUUAUUGAAAGCUUGUGUAAUUGCUAAAAGGCUAGUCUGGUUAUUGAAAGCUUGUGUAAUUGCUAAAAGGCUAGUCUGGUUAUUGAAAGCGCAUGUAGAUGCUAAAAGGCUAGUCUGGUUAUUGAAAGCUUGUGUAAUUGCUAAAAGGCUAGUCUGGUUAUUGAAAGUGCAUGUAGAUGCUAAAUGGCUAGUCUGGAGCGACUGCAGUCACUGUUAGCGCAAUGCAACACACUGAGGACAACCAGGUGAUGUUGAUGCUAAUGAGCUAAUUAGGGGUUAGGGUCAAUUCCAUUUCAAUUUGGUCUAUCCAGGAAGUGAAUUGAACUUGAGAAUUACCAAAGAUCCAGUGAAAAUAAAUGGAGCUUUUCAAGUCUGAAUUAGAAUUUUGACUAAUCUCUUGGCUGGAUUGAAAUGGAAUUGACCCCAACCCUGUUAGUCACCCUGUUGUUUUGUAGGAAGACGAAUGCAUUGUUCACACUGGACAAUUAUUCUCACCUUGAUGUGAUCGUCCCAGCUGUCAGAAGUGCCUUCCUGUUUCACACAGACACACAGCGUGUACCUACAUUAUUAAACAGAUGGCUCCUCUCCACUCAACUAAAAGGACAGAAUGUUUUUCUCUCUGUGACAUCCUGGAUGACAUAUAUGUCUUGUUUAGUACACUACACGGCGUGGCUAGCAUCACUGGAGCAGGCUAUUUAGAAAGCUAGGACCUGAACUAGCCUUCACCAGGGGACUAAGACUAUCUAGGUACUAGAUUAGGCAUAGUCUGUUGGCAUAGUGAGGAAAUGGGCUUAAUAAAGUAAUAAGAUGUAUUUUCAUCGCUGCAUGUCAUCUUGUCUUUAUUUAAAUGGUGUCCACUGGUCUCACAUGUUAUACCUACUACGUUUCAAGUAUUAUUUUGGGAUGAAUAGCCUCUAUGUAGUUUAUCCGUCAUUUGUUUAUGUACAGUGCCUUCAGAAAGUAUUCAUACCCCUUGACUUAUUCCACAUUUUGAGGUGUUACAGCCUGAAUUUAACAUUUAUUAAAUAUAUUUUUUUUUAUUACACACAAUACCCCAUAAUGACAAAGUGAAAACAGGUUUUUAGAAAUGUUGGCAAUUUUAUUGAAAAUAUCUAAUUUACAUAAUAAUUCACACCCCUAAGUCAAUACUUUUGUAGAAGCACCUUUGAAAGCGAUUACAGCUGUGAGUCUUUCUGGGUAAUAGUCUAAGAGCUUUCCACACCUGGAUUGUGAAAAAUUUUCCCAUUUUUAUUAUUUUCUAAAUUCUUCAAGCUCUAUCAAAUUAGUUGUUGAUCAUUGCUAUAUGGUCUUGCCAUAGAUUUUCAAGUACUAUAGAUUUCAGUCAAAGCUGUAACUCGGCCACUCAGGAACAUGUCUUCUUGGUAAGCAACCCCAGUGUAGAUUUGGCCUUGGGCUUUAGUUAUUGUCCUGCUGAAAGGUGAAUUCAUCUCCCAGUGUCUGGUGGAAAGCAGACUGAAUCAGGUUUUCCUCUAGGAUUUUGCCUGUGCUUAGCACCAUUCAGUAAAAAAAUGUAUCCUGAAAAACUCCCCAGUCUUUAACAUUCGCAAGCUUACCCAUAACAUGAUGCAGCCAACCCAUAUGCUUGAAAAUAUGGAGAGUGGUACUCAGUAAUGUGUUUGCCCCAAACAUAACACUUUGUAUUUAGGAUAAAAAGUUAAUUACUUUGCCACAUUUUUUGCAGUAUUACUUUAGUGCCUUGUUGCAAACAGGAUGCAUGUUUUGGAAUAUUUGUAUUAUGUACAUGCUUCCUUAUUUUCACUCUAUCAAUUAGGUUAGCAUUGUGGAGUAACUACAACAUUGUUGAUGUAUCCUCAGUCUUCUCCUAUCACAGCCAUUAAACUCUGUUACUGUUUUAAAGUCACCAUUGGCCUCAUGGUGAAAUCCCUGAGUGGUGUCCUUCCUCUCCGGCAACUGAGUUAGGAAGGAGGCCUGUAUCUUUGUAGUGACUGGGUGUAUUGAUACACUAUCUAAAGUGUAAUUAAUAACUUCACCAUGCUCAAAGGGAUAUUCAAAAUAUUUUUUAUUGUGAAACAAACAAGAAAUAAGACAAAAAAACUGAAAACUUGAGCGUGCAUAACUAUUCACCCCCCCCCCCAAAGUCAAUACUUUGUAGAGCCACCUUUUGCAGCAAUUACAGCUGCAAGUGUCUUGGAGUAUGUCUAUAAGCUUGGCACAUCUAGCCACUGGGAUUUUUGCCCAUUCUUCAAGGCAAAACUGCUCCAGCUCCUUCAAGUUGGAUGGGUUCCGCUGGUGUACAGCAAUCUUUAAGUCAUUCCACAUAUUCUCAAUUGGAUUGAGAUCUGGGCUUUGACUAGGCCAUUCCAAGACAGUUAAAUGUUUCCCCUUAAACCACUCGAGUGUUGCUUUAGCAGUAUGCUUAGGGUCAUUGUCCUGCUGGAAGGUGAACCUCCGUCCCAGUCUCAAAUCUCUGGAAGACUGAAACAGGUUUCCCUCAAGAAUUUCCCUGUAUUUAGCGCCAUCCAUCAUUCCUUCAAUUCUGACCAUUUUCCCAGUCCCUGCCGAUGAAAAACAUCCCCACAGCAUGAUGCUGCCACCACCAUGCUUCACUGUGGGGAUGGUGUUCUCGGGGUGUUGAGAGGUAUUGGGUUUGCGGCAGACAUUUUCCUUGAUGGCCAAAAAGCUCAAUUUUAGUCUCAUCUGACCAGAGUACAUUCUUCCAUAUGUUUGGGGAGUCUCCCACAUGCCUUUUGGCGAACACCAAACGUGUUUACUUAUUUUUUUCUUUAAGCAAUGGCUUUUUUCUGGCCACUCUUCCGUAAAGCCCAGCUCUGUGGAGUGUACGGCUUAAAGUGGUCCUAUGGACAGAUACUCCAAUUGUCUCUUUGUUGCGCCUCUGAUUAAUGCCCUCCUUGCCUGGUCCGUGAGUUUUGGUGGGCGGCCGUCUCUUGGCAGGUUUGUUGUGGUGCCAUAUUCUUUCCAUUUUUUAAAUAAUGGAUUUAAUGGUGCUCUGUGGGAUGUUCAAAGUUUCUAAUAUUUUUUUAUAACCCAACCCUGAUCUGUACUUCUCCACAACGUUGUCCCUGACCUGUUUGGAGAGCUCCUUGGUCUUCAUGGUGCCGCUUGCUUGGUGGUGCCCCUUGCUUAGUGGUGUUGCAGACUCUGGGGCCUUUCAGAACAGGUGUAUACAGUGGGGGAAAAAAGUAUUUAGUCAGCCACCAAUUGUGCAAGUUCUCCCACUUAAAAAGAUGAGAGAGGCCUGUAAUUUUCAUCAUAGGUACACGUCAAAUAUGACAGACAAAAUUAGAAAAAAUUAUCCAGAAAAUCACAUUGUAGGAUUUGUAAUGAAUUUAUUUGCAAAUUAUGGUGGAAAAUAAGUAUUUGGUCAAUAACAAAAGUUACUCAAUACUUUGUUAUAUACCCUUUGUUGGCAAUGACACAGGUCAAACGUUUUCAGUAAGUCUUCACAAGGUUUUCACACACUGUUGCUGGUAUUUUGGCCCAUUCCUCCAUGCAGAUCUCCUCUAGAGCAGUGAUGUUUUGGGGCUGUCGCUGGGCAACACAGACUUUCAACUCCCUCCAAAGAUUUUCUAUGGGGUUGAGAUCUGGAGACUGGCUAGGCCACUUCAGGACCUUGAAAUGCUUCUUACGAAGCCACUCCUUCGUUGCCCGGGCGGUGUGUUUGGGAUCAUUGUCAUGCUGAAAGACCCAGCCACGUUUCAUCUUCAAUGCCCUUGCUGAUGGAAGGAGGUUUUCACUCAAAAUCUCACGAUACAUGGCCCCAUUCAUUCUUUCCUUUACACGGAUCAGUCGUCCUGGUCCCUUUGCAGAAAAACAGCCCCAAAGCAUGAUGUUUCCACCCCCAUGCUUCACAGUAGGUAUGGUGUUCUUUGGAUGCAACUCAGCAUUCUUUGUCCUCCAAACACGACGAGUUGAGUUUUUACCAAAAAGUUCUAUUUUGGUUUCAUCUGACCAUAUGACAUUCUCCCAAUCCUCUUCUGGAUCAUCCAAAUGCACUCUAGCAAUCUUCAGACGGGCCUGGACAUGUACUGGCUUAAGCAGGGGGACACGUCUGGCACUGCAGGAUUUGAGUCCCUGGCGGCGUAGUGUGUUACUGAUGGUAGGCUUUGUUACUUUGGUCCCAGCUCUCUGCAGGUCAUUCACUAGGUCCCACCGUUCUUGUGAUCAUUUUGACCCCACGGGGUGAGAUCUUGCGUGGAGCCCCAGAUCGAGGGAGAUUAUCAGUGGUCUUGUAUGUCUUCCAUUUCCUAAUAAUUGCUCCCACAGUUGAUUUCUUCAAACCAAGCUGCUUACCUAUUGCAGAUUCAGUCUUCCCAGCCUGGUGCAGGUCUACAAUUUUGUUUCUGGUGUCCUUUGACAGCUCUUUGGUCUUGGCCAUAGUGGAGUUUGGAGUGUGACUGUUUGAGGUUGUUGACAGGUGUCUUUUAUACUGAUAACAAGUUCAAACAGGUGCCAUUAAUACAGGUAACGAGUGGAGGACAGAGGAGCCUCUUAAAGAAGAAGUUACAGGUCUGUGAGAGCCAGAAAUCUUGCUUGUUUGUAGGUGACCAAAUACUUAUUUUCCACCAUAAUUUGCAAAUAAAUUCAUAAAAAAUCAGACAAUGUGAUUUUCUGGAUUUUUUUUUCUCAAUUUGUCUGUCAUAGUUGACGUGUACCUAUGAUGAAAAUUACAGGCCUCUCUCAUCUUUUUAAGUGGGAGAACUUGCACAAUUGGUGGCUGACUAAAUACUUUUUCUCCCUACUGUAUAUACUGAGAUCAUUUCACACAGGUGGACUUUAUUUAACUCAUUAUGUGACUUCUGAAGGUAAUUGGUUGCACCAGAUCUUAUUUAGGGGCUUCAUAGCGAAGGGGGUGAAUACAUAUGCACGCGCCAACAAGUCAUUUUUUUCACCAAUUUGGACUAUUUUGUGUAUGUCCAUUACAUGAAAUCCAAAUAAAAAUCUGUUUAAAUUACAGGUUGUAAUGCAACAAAAUAGGAAAAACGCCAAGGGGGAUGAAUACUUUUGCAAGGCACUGUAUUUAGGCUUGCCAUAACAAAGGGGUUGAAUACUUUAUUGACUCGAGACAUUUCAGCUUUUCAUUUAAUUAAUUUGUACUUUGACAUUAUGGGGUGGAAACACUCUGGUGUGUAGGCCAGUGACAAAAAAUCUCAAUGUAAUAGAUUUUAAAUUCCGGCUGUAACAAGAAAACGUCCACGGGUGUGAAUACUUUCUGAAGGCACUGUAUUAUUGAUUCAUGGCUGUGUUUUUGUGCUAAAGAUGCAUGUAGCAGGUUUCUGCUUUGAAACACUGGUUCCGUUGGUCUUGAGUGCAACUUUGUGGUCAAAGUCUGUACUCUACCUUCCAAUAUGAACUGUGUGUGUGUGUGUGUGUGUGUGUGUGUGUGUGUUUUCAGACGGCCAACACCACCAACCUGAGCCACAUGGUGACGGGCCUGAAGCCCAACACGCUGUAUGAGUUCUCUGUCAUGGUGACCAAGGGCAGGAGGACCAGCACCUGGAGCAUGACGGCCCAGGGAACCACCUUUGAGACCAGUAAGAUCACACACACAGGCAUACUGUGUACACACACACACAGGCAUACUGUGUACACACACACACACACAGGCAUACCGUGUACACACACACACAGGCAUACCGUGUCGACACACACAGAGGCAUACCGAGGACACUCACACACAUCAAUGAAAGAAUCUUCAGUGAAGUACUUGUUUCCGUGUUUUUUAACAUGACUACACAGAAUAUCAUUGUACCCUCAAAGCUGAUUGUAGUUGACAUUUGUCAUGGACUGCUUUUCUGUAAUAUGCGGCAGGUCACCUAGUGGUUAGGCCAGUAACCUAUAGGUUGCUAGUUCGAAUCCCUGAGCCGAAAUUUUUUAAACAAAUCUGUCAAUCUGCCCUUGAGCAAGGCACUUAACCCUAAUUGCUCCCGGGUCGCCGUCAAUAAUGGCUGAUCCCAUGCCGUGACCCCACUCUCCGAGGGUGUCUCGGGGAGUGGGAUAUGCAAAAAACACAUUUCCAUUUCACCACACACUGGUACAGGUUACACACACACACACUGGUACAGGUUACACACACACACACUGGUACAGGUUACACACACACACUGGUACAGGUUACACACACACACUGGUACAGGUUACACACACACUGGUACAGGUUACACACACUGGUACAGGUUACACACACUGGUACAGGUUACACACACUGGUACAGGUUACACACACUGGUACAUGUGUGAAACAGCACUUUAAUAAGCAGCCCCUGUUUGAUGUCAAAGCCAAGAGUUCUCUCAUGAAUGUCCUUGUUCCCAUACUGCCUUCUCUGUUGUUUGACUUUAACAGUUCCCAGCUCGUCCCCCAAAGAUGUGACUGUGGUGAGCAAGGAACUGAAACCACGCACCAUCAUAGUCAACUGGCAGCCCCCCUCAGAGGCCAAUGGAAAAAUCACAGGUGAGACCACACACACACACACACACACACACACACACACACACACUCUCUCCGUUAUCAUGUUUAUUCAGUCAGAGAAACAAGUGGUCUGAAACUGUUCUCUAACCUUCUCUCUCUCUCCUCCCCCCCCCCCCCUCUCUCCCCCCCCUCUCUCCUCUCUCCCAUCUCUCUCUCUCCUCUCUCCCAUCUAUCUCUCUCCUCUCUCCCAUCUCUCUCUCUCCCAUCUCUCUCUCUCCCCCCAUCUCCCUGCUCCACUAGGCUACAUCAUCUACUACAGUACUGAUGUGAAUGCGGAGGUACAUGACUGGGUGAUAGAGCCAGUGGUGGGCAACAGGUUGACCCACCAGAUCCAGGAGCUGACUCUGGACACCACCUACUACUUCAAGAUCCAGGCCCGUAACUCCAAGGGCAUGGGCCCCAUGUCAGAGGCCGUACACUUCCGCACCCCCAAGAGUAAGUGGAGGGGGAAACCCUUGGAGGUUGAUAGGCUCUGAAAGGUUGAACAUUGGGAUGAUUGUAUUAACUGUUCUUAUUGGUCGAGUUAUUAAUAUGCGUUAUUAUGGGCGGAAUGGUCUGUCAAGAUUCAAAUAAUUAUCUUAGCUUCUCUUCACUGGUAGCAGGCUGCAUUCUCAAUCCCCUUUCUAUAGAUGCUGGCAAACAACAUACCAUUCUGUUGGGCCGAGCCUACCCUGUCUCUUUCUCUCUCUCUCUCUCUCCCCCUCUCUAUCUCUUUCUCUCUCUCUCUCUCUCUCUCCCCUCUCUCUAUCUCUUUCUCUCUCUCUCUCCCCCUCUCUAUCUCUUUCUCUUUCUUUCCCCCUCUCCUUCUCUCUCUCUCAAUCUCUCUCUCCUUUAUUGGUGUUCACACUUGCUUGCCUGCCCCUCCAAUGCUGCACUCUUUACCUCUCUCUCUCUCUCUCUCUCUCUUUCUCUGCUCUCUGCUCUCCUUACCGCCUCUAACCAGUGUUUGCUUUGUAUUUUCUUUCCCUGGCUACUGUCUCCUUUGGGCUGUUUAGCUGAAUCCUCUGACAAAAUGGCUAAUGACCAAGGUAAUUCCCUCUUCCCUUCCAUUCACUUCUUCUCAAUGAUGACUGAUUGACUGUGCAGAUUGUUUUCUUUUUCCUCACUCACGUGCCUAAAGCCCUUCAUCUGCGUUCUGCUAAGGUGAAUAUGUCCGGUAAUAUUUCAUUAACUGGGUGUAAUGACUGGUGGUUGUGUCUCCUCUCUCUCAGCCAAUUUACCAGUUAAACCAGGAAGUCACCAACCACCUCUUGACCAUGGCUUUGGGUCUCCACACGGUAAUGGCCUUUUCAGGUCACCAUUGUCCAUUCUGAUUUGAUCAACUCAAUUGGCCGCAGUGUGGGUCCAUUUCAUUCCACCUCAUAAAUGGUUUUUAGUGUGAAUAGGUCUUUGUUCAGUUCCUGUUCCACGGUACAUUGGAUUCAUUUACAGAUUGAAGCUGAAAUGGAAUUGAGCACUAAUGUCUUUCUCAGCUAAGAUAGUGUGCAGGAACUGAACAAAACCCUAUUCACAUAAGAAGUCAUGCUAACACUUUAUUUGGAUUUUUCUAAGUAGAUGGUGUGUAGAUGUUCAAUAACUGUCAACAACAUGUCAACUAACUAUCCACUAACCCUAGCCCUAACCCUAAACUUAACCCUUACCCUAGCCCUAACAUCUAACCUAACCCUAACUGUAACCUUAGCAAGCAUUUGCUUAUCAACAUAUAUUUUGUUGAUAGUAUGACCAUCUGUAGAGCAUCUAUAUGGGACUAUCCAAAUAAAGUGUGACGGAAGUAAUUCAUGAGAUAGAAUCUAACCCAAACCCCUUACACAAGUCUCCUAUUGGUCUGAAAUAUUAGUCAUCAUUCUAAAAGGAGUGUAAUGGGAAAUGUAUGUCUCUACAUGAAUGAAUGAAUUAAAACACAAACAAAAUAAUUGUUAUAUACACUAAUUGAUCUCCAAUGAGGACAUUAAUUUGUAUGUGGAUAAAUAGGAUUUUCUUUCUCACCUCUCCGGUCCAGGAAAACCAGGAAUUAAAGGCAGCGGGGACACCCACAUCCUGGUCAUCAUCAUCAUCGUCUCUGUGGGAGCGUUCACCAUCAUCGUGGUGGUUGUGGGGGCCUUCCUCUGCACACGACGCACCACCUCCCACCAGAAAAAGUGAGCCGAUCCGCCACAUCAAUAAUGUCCCUAAGGUCACGAAUGUCCCAGCCAAUACCAGACCAACAACACAGGGUUAUAACACACACACAGAACAUCUGAGAUGAGCUUGACAACUAUCUAUAGACUAUCUCCUUUCCUUCUGUUAUCCUUCUCUUUCCUCUCCCUACCACUCCACUUUAUACCCCCCUUUCAACCAACACCUCACCCCCCCUUUUCAACCAACACCUCACCCCCCCUUUUCAAUCAACAUCUCACCCCCCCCUUUUCAACCAACACCUCACCCCCCCCUUUUCAACCAACACCUCAACCCCCCUUUUCAACCAACACCUCACCCUCCCCCUUUUCAACCAACACCUCACCCUCCCCCUUUUCAACCAACACCUCACCCCCCCCUUUCCCUCUUCUCUAUCUCAUAGGAAGCGGGCGGCCUCCAAGUUGUCCAACAGCUCCCACAAGUACAAGGGCAACUCCAAGGACCUGAAGCCUCCAGACCUAUGGAUCCACCACGAGCGGCUGGAGCUCAAGCCCAUUGACAAGUCCCCUGAGCCCAACCCGGUGAUGACUGACACCCCCAUCCCCCGCACCUCGCAGGACAUCAACACCGUGGACCCCAGCCUGGACAACAGCCUGCUGCAGAGACGGAAUUCCUACCGAGGUCAGAUUGAUGUAGUCAGUUUGGGGAUUGGUUUGUCUGUGUUUUGAAGAGGCAAUGUCUUUGUCGUUGUCAUGCUAAACAUUUCCUGCUUUUCAUACAUUUAACAUUUCAUACAUUGGUUAGUGGUGAUCCUUCCCUCUAAACACAAACACAGCCUCACGACUGUUGAGUCACAAAUUUCUCUCAGGAGCCAGAUAACCGAACCCUUCGAUUUUUCCUGUCAAUCCAAGCACAAUUAGAUAUAUUUUCAAACGUUCUUCGUUCAGAGUCACUAGCAAUAGUGAUCAAGGCAAAACUCUGACUUGCAGGCCACGAAUCAGAAGACAGCAUGUCUGCACUGGCAGGGCGCCGUGGGAUGCGGCCUAAAAUGAUGAUGCCCUUCGAUACGCAGCCCCCCCAGCGUAAGUGUGUGUGUGUGUGUGUGUGUGUGUGUGUGUGCGCGCACGCCGUGUGAAUGAAUAUGUGUGUGGGAUCUGUGCUCUCACUGGUCAAUAGAAAUACUAUUUACCACUCAGACUAUCGUACUGGGCAGCUCAAAGGAAUAUCAUCUUCUGGUUUCUUCCUCCCAUGAUGAUGCACUACAGUCAAUAGAAUGGGAGCACUACAGUCAAUAGAAUGGGAGCACUACAGUCAAUAGAAUGGGAGCACUACAGUCAAUAGAAUGGGAGCACUACAGUCAAUAGAAUGGGAGCACUACAGUCAAUAGAAUGGGAGCACUACAGUCAAUAGAAUGGGAGCACUACAGUCAAUAGAAUGGGAGCACUACAGUCAAUAGAAUGGGAGCACUACAGUCAAUAGAAUGGGAGCACUACAGUCAAUAGAAUGGGAGCACUACAGUCAAUACAGUCAACACGUUAUUCUAUAGGAUCUGUUUCUAUGUUUUAGCCUUCAUCUCAUUUCAGUUUUCUAACACAUUCAUGGCUACCAAAUUACGCUGCCAAUUCAAAAGUACACCAGACCCACUCUGUGGAGGUAUUGUAUACGUGUGUAUGGUUAAAUAGUACUGCUUCAUGGUGUCACUAUGAACCUGGCCUCUCCAUGGUGUGUGUGCUUGCACGAGUGCAAGCAUGUGUGUGUGAGUGUAUUUGAACAGCACUGCUUCCACACCCCUUCGUCAGCGCGGCUGGUUAAAUGUUGUGUUGUCUCUGUGUGUGUGUGUGUGUGUUCAUUCACAGCCGUGAUUAGCGCUCAUCCCAUCCAUUCCCUUGAUAACCAUCACCACCAUUAUCACACGGGCAGCCUGGCAUCCCCGACACGCAGCUACCUCCAUCACCACCAGGGCAGUGCCCACCUGCGCCCGCAUACCUGCGCCACCCCCAUCUCCCAUCUAGACAGGGUGGACUCCACAGGUGAGAGACCACUGCCACCUGCAGGACAGCGGAGGGGUUACAUGCGGGCAGCUCGUCGUUCUCUGUCUGUCUUUCUGUCCUGAUUCUGAGGAAGAACACAGGAGCGUUAUCUUUCAUGUCCAUCCUCUUAUCUGUGGGUCCACUGUGGGGCUGUCACAUCUUAUCUGUGGGUCAACUGUGGGGCUGUCACAUCCUCUUAUCUGUGGGUCCACUGUGGGGCGGUCUCAUCCUCUUAUCUGUGGGUCCACUGUGGAGCUGUCACAUCCUCUUAUCUGUGGGUCCACUGUGGGGCGGUCUCAUCCUCUUAUCUGUGGGUCCACUGUGGGGCGGUCUCAUCCUCUUAUCUGUGGGUCCACUGUGGGGCUGUCACAGCCUCUUAUCUGUGGGUCCACUGUGGGGCUGUCACAUCCUCUUAUCUGUGGGUCCACUGUGGGGCUGUCCAUCCUCUUAUCUGUGGGUCCACUGUGGGGCGGUCUCAUCCUCUUAUCUGUGGGUCCACUGUGGGGCUGUCACAUCCUCUUAUCUGUGGGUCCACUGUGGGGCUGUCACAUCCUCUUAUCUGUGGGUCCACUGUGGGGCUGUCACAUCCUCUUAUCUGUGGGUCCACUGUGGGGCGGUCUCAUCCUCUUAUCUGUGGGUCCACUGUGGGGGCUGUCACAUCCUCUUAUCAGUGGGUCCACUGUGGGGGCUGUCACAUCUUAUCUGUGGGUCCACUGUGGGGCUGUCACAUCCUCUUAUCUGUGGGUCCACUGUGGGGCUGUCACAUCCUCUUAUCUGUGGGUCCACUGUGGGGCUGUCACAUCCUCUUAUCUGUGGGUCCACUGUGGGGCGGUCUCAUCCUCUUAUCUGUGGGUCCACUGUGGGGGCUGUCACAUCCUCUUAUCAGUGGGUCCACUGUGGGGGCUGUCACAUCUUAUCUGUGGGUCCACUGUGGGGCUGUCACAUUCCAUUGUUCUCGUGGCCUCGUCCACUACUCACUCACCCAUACUCAGUGUGUGACUUGCCUAGUUAAAUAAAGGUAAAACUAAUAACAUGUAAUGUAUAAUACAUGAAACCAGUCAUGACACCUUUGAGGGUUGCAGAAUCAAACAACCUUGAUAACACAUUUAUUACACACCAGUGUUCCAUAUUUUUCACUAAACUCCAUCACGCUUCAUCAUAACAUUGAUAUUAACAUCUCUUUCUCAAAAGCCUUAUUUAUGGACACUACAACGCUAGAACCCAGGCUAUACACAUACUGUUUCAUACACAAUAUCCACUGACCUGUCCCCCCCACACUCCUUUUUGUGACUGCAGAGUCGGUGAGGAACACCCCCAGCGCAGAGCCCCUCCCGCCCCAGGCCCAGCCCCCCUGCUCAGCAGAGCACCAGCACCCUCAUCCGGACCCCGAGGGCAGCUACCACGGCUCCACGGCCAACGACGAUGAGCCCAGCGCCAGCGGCAGCUACUGCAGCGCCGGCCAGCCCCCCACCGCCCAUGUGCGCCCCACGCACCCCCUCAAGAGCUUUGCCGUGCCCGCCGGCCCCGCGGCCAACUUCGAGUCGCCUGCCCUGCCCAGCACGCCACUGCUUACUCAGACUGGUGAGGAGCGCGCACACACACACACACACACACACACACACACACAAUGCACAUCAUGUACUGUACACACACACACACAAUGCACAUCAUGUACUGUACACACACACACACACACACAAUGCACAUCAUGUACUGUACACACACACACACAAUAUACACUGCUCAAAAAAAUUAAGGGAACACUAAAAUAACACAUCCUAGAUCUGAAUGAAUGAAAUAAUCUUAUUAAAUACUUUUUUCUUUACAUAGUUGUACUGACAACAAAAUCACACAAAAAUUAUCAAUGGAAAUCAAAUUUAUCAACCCAUGGAGGUCUGGAUUUAGAGUCACACUCAAAAUUAAAGUGGAAAACCACACUACAGGCUGAUCCAACUUUGAUGUAAUGUCCUUAAAACAAGACAAAAUGAGGCUCAGUAGUGUGUGUGGCCUCCAUGUGCCUGUAUGACCUCCCUACAACGCCUGGGCAUGCUCCUGAUGAGGUGGUGGAUGGUCUCCUGAGGGAUCUCCUCCCAGACCUGGACUAAAGCAUCCGCCAACUCCUGGACAGUCUGUGGUGCAACGUGGCGUUGGUGGAUGGAGCGAGACAUGAUGUCCCAGAUGUGCUCAAUUGGAUUCAGGUCUGGGGAACGGGCGGGCCAGUCCAUAGCAUCAAUGCCUUCCUCUUGCAGGAACUGCUGACACACUCCAGCCACAUGAGGUCUAGCACUGUCUUGCAUUAGGAGGAACCCAGGGCCAACCGCACCAGCAUAUGGUCUCACAAGGGGUCUGAGGAUCUCAUCUCGGUACCUAAUGGCAGUCAGGCUACCUCUGGUGAGCACAUGGAGGGCUGUGCGGCCCCCAAAAGAAAUGCCACCCCACACCAUGACUGACCCACCGCCAAACCAGUCAUGCUGGAGGAUGUUGCAGGCAGCAGAACGUUCUCCACGGCGUCUCCAGACUCUGUCACGUCUGUCACAUGUGCUCAGUGUGAUCCUGCUUUCAUCUGUGAAGAGCACAGGGCGCCAGUGGCGAAUUUGCCAAUCUUGGUGUUCUCUGGCAAAUGCCAAACGUCCUGCACGGUGUUGGGCUGUAAGCACAACCCCCACCUGUGGACGUUGUUCCCUCAUACCACCCUCAUGGAGUCUGUUUCUGACCAUUUGAGCAGACACAUUCACAUUUGUGGCCUGCUGGAGGUCAUUUUGCAGGGCUCUGGCAGUGCUCCUCCUUGCACAAAGGCGGAGGUAGCAGUCCUGCUUCUGGGUUGUUGCCCUCCUACGGCCUCCUCCACGUCUCCUGAUGUACUGGCCUGUCUCCUGGUAGCGCCUCCAUGCUCUGGACACUACGCUGACAGACACAGCAAACCUUCUUGCCACAGCUCGCAUUGAUGUGCCAUCCUGGAUGAGCUGCACUACCUGAGCCACUUGUGUGGGUUGUAGACUCCGUCUCAUGCUACCACUAGAGUGAAAGCACCGCCAGCAUUCAAAAGUGACCAAAACAUCAGCCAGGAAGCUUAGGAACUGAGAAGUGGUCUGUGGUCACCACCUGCAGAACCACUCCUUUAUUGGGGGUGUCUUGCUAAUUGCCUAUAAUUUCCACCUGUUGUCUAUUCCAUUUGCACAACAGCAUGUGAAAUGUAUUGUCAAUCAGUGUUGCUUCCUAAGUGGACAGUUUGAUUUCACAGAAGUGUGAUUGACUUGGAGUUACAUUGUGUUGUUUAAGUGUUCCCUUUAUUUUUUUGAGCAGUGUACAUCAUGUACUGUACACACACACAAUGUACAUAAUGUACUGUACACACACACACACACACACACACACACACAAUGCACAUCAUGUACUGUACACACACAAUGUACAUAAUGUACUGUACACACACACACACACACACACACACACACACACAAUGCACAUCAUGUACUGUACACACACAAUGCACAUAAUGUACUGUACACACACACACACCAUGCACAUCAUGUACUGUACACACACAAUGCACAUCAUGUACUGUACACACACACACACACACACAAUGCACAUCAUGUACUGUACACACAUACACACACACACAAACACACAAUGCUCAUCAUGUACUGUACACACAUACACACAUACACAAUGCACAUAAUGUACUGUACACACACACACACACACACACACACACACACACACAAUGCACAUCAUGCAUAAGGCGUUGGGCCACCAAGAGCAGCCAGAACAGAAAUUCAAUAAUUUGGUGUUUCGUUGAUGGUGGUGGAAACGCUAUGUCAGGCACCGCUCCAGAAUCUCCCGUAAGUGUUGGUUUGGGUUGAGAUCUGGUGACUGAGACACACACACCCUAUGCUCCUUUGAGACCCCUGUUUCAAAGACAUCUCUUCUUCCAUCCAUGGUAGCCAGAAUAAUGGCCAACUGGACGUUUUUAGACAUGACCCUAAGCAUGAUGGGUAGUUAAUUGCUAAAUGAACUCAGGAACCACACCUGUGUAGAAGCACCUGCUUUCAAUAUACUUUGUACUUUGUAUCCCUCAUUUACUCAAGUGUUUCCUUUAUUUGGGCAGUUACCUGUACAUGUGCUUUACACUCCCAAACUGCAGAUGAAGAUCCUCUGUUGGUAGAGCUUCUUGAGAAAGGAGAACAUUAUAGAAGAUGAUGAGUAGUGAUUCCCUCUAACUGUCUCUCUCUGUCUCUGUGUCUGUCUCUCUGUCUCUGUGUCUGUGUCUCUGUCUCUGUGUCUGUUUCUGCGUCGCUGUCUGUCUGGCUGUCUGUCUGGCUGUCUGUCUGGCUCACUGUCUGUCUCUGUGUGUGUCUGUCUGUCUCUGUCUCUCUCUGUCUCUCUCUCUCUCUCUCUUUCUGUCUGUCUCUGUCUCUGUCUCUCUCUGUCUUUUUCUGUCUGUCUCUGUCUCUCUCUCUGUCGCUCUGUCUCUCUGUCUCUGUCUCUCUCUGUGUGUCUCUCUGUCUCUGUCUCUCUCUGUCUCUGUCUCUCUCUCUCUGUCUCUCUCUCUGUCGCUCUGUCGCUCUGUCUCUCUGUCUCUCUGUCUCUGUCUCUCUCUGUCUCGCUCUCUCUCUCUCUCUCUCUGUGUGUCUGUCUGUCUGUCAGGGCCCCAGCUCCACUCAGUAAAGACAGCCUCCAUCGGCACACUGGGCAGGAUGCGCCCCCCCAUGCCAGUCACUGUGCCCAGUGCCCCAGACGUGCCCGAGACCAGCAAGAUGCUGGAGGAUGUAGACAACGUGAGUACUGCUCCCCCUCAGGUCUUAGUGUAGAAAGGCUACCGUUAAAUCAGCUGGCAUAUCAUGUAAUGUUGGUUGUUAUUGUAGUUUGUACAUACUUUAAAUACGUACCAGGAAGUACACAUUAAUUACUAUGUCAUUUUGGGGUAAAAACCUGGUCAGAGAUCAAUCAAGCCCAUUGAACUAGUGAAUACAUUCCAAGAGCAUGUCAUGUUUCUUUUUGGACACAUUUGGACACAAUCCUAAAUGACAUGGACAUUGAUUUUAAUCACAUUUCUGUCUCCUUUCUCUCUGUUAUUCUUUGCAACUUGCUGCCUCCCUCACUGUUUUAUGGUGUUAUCGUUGGCCGCUUGUGAUCAUUGAUAUUAUUGCAUCCAAUUUCUAAUAAUUCCUCUAAACCUAUUGGAAUGGUUUUGCACAUGCAUCGAUGUCUUGCCCCCUUUCAAUGCCUUAACAUAAUGGUUGGCUGUUGAUGCUGCUUUAUUUGUCUUUGAUUUCGCUUCAUGCUGCAGUCCCAUUGACCCAUUCCUCACACCCACCCACCCCACCUACCCUAUCUUUUGUAAACCUCAUUACUCCCACCCCCUCCAAAAACAAACUGACCCUUUCCUUCCCUCUCCUUCCCUUCCCCAGGUCCUUGCCUCCCUCCCCUCCUGCUCCUCCCUUGCCCCCCGCAGUAACCCUGUUCCUUUCCCUCAGAGCUACGAGCCUGAUGAGUUGA